CCAUGUACUUGCAGUUCUUAAGAGAAUUUCUCUGAAGGAUAACAUGAAUCACAAGUGUGCAAUCAAGAGAGAAGUUACUGAAUUGAUAGGCAAUACACCAAUGGUAUAUCUCAACAAUAUUGUUGGUGGCUGUGUAGCCCGUAUUGCUGCCAAACUCGAGAUGAUGGAACCCGGUUCUAGUGUUAAAGACAGGAUUGCGUACAGUAUGAUUAAAGAUGCUGAGGAUAAGGGUCUGAUCACUCCUGGGAAGACUGUCCUCAUUGAGCCAACUAGUGGUAACACUGGCAUUGGAUUGGCAAUCAUCGCAGCAAUCAAGGGUUACAAAGUCAUACUUAUCAUGCCAGCUUCAAUGAGUCUUGAGAGAAAGAUUGUGGCCCGAGCUUUUGGAGCUGAGGUGUACCUUACAAAUCCCGCAAAGGGCAAUGAUGGGAUUAUUGAGAAGGCCGAUGAGCUACUAAAUAAAACACCAAAUAGUUAUAUGCUUAAUCAAAUUGAAAAUCCUGCCAACCCCAAGAUCCAUUAUGAGACCACUGGCCCAGAGAUAUGGAGAGAUUCUGGAGAGAAAGUUGAUGCCCUGGUUGCAGGGGUAGGGACUGGGGGUACGGUAACUGGUACAGGGAAUUUCCUCAAGAGCAAAAAUCCAGAGAUUAAGGUAUAUGGGGUAGAACCAGUUGAAAGUGCGGUCUUAAGUGGAGGACAGCCUGGCGCGCAUCAGAUCCAAGGAAUUGGUUCCGGUUUUAUCCCUACUGUUCUGGAUGUCAAUGUGCUUGAUGAAGUUAUUCAAGUAUCCAGUGAGGAAUCCAUCGAAACUGCGAAGUUGCUUGUCUUGAAAGAAGGUUUGCUGGUGGGGAUUUCAUCUGGUGCUGCAGCGGCUGCAGCAAUAAAGUUAGCUAAGAGGCCGGAAAACACCGGAAAACUUAUUGUUGUGAUUUUUCCGAGCAGUGGAGAGCGUUAUCUGUCUACUGUACUGUUUGAUUCCAUUAGGCGUGAGGCAGAAAACAUGUCUUUUGACUAACGUGAUACUGAAUAUCAGGAAGUGUUCUAUAUAUUUCCUGCUGUCUAGAUAUCUCAAAUAAUGAGAAAAAUUCCCUAUAAUUUGUUUGCGGUAUGAGCAAAACCUUGAUGUAUGUAACUUAACUUGUCGGCACAAGAACAAAGUCUGAUUAGUAAAA